CAAAGCUGUGGGGGCGGUGCCCCCACGGCCCCAGAGUUGGGGGGGCAAGCUGCCCCCACUGCCCCCCGGCUCCCGCGCCUAUGGGUCAAGGUAAUGAAAGUUCAAGUCAUUAGUAUCAGCAAGGCCCUAAAUACAAGUAUCAGUGAGCUUGGCGUCCCAGGAAGAUGCCAGAUUGGGGAGACUGAGAUUUGAGAACACAUUCAAAUAGGAAAGUGAUUAGUGAGUCCACGAGCACCAAACAAAUGAGGCAACAAGAGUAUAAAGAUGCGGACAGUAACAUGAUCAUAAUCAGAGCACAAUAUGCAGUCAUGGAAAUUGGAAAUUGGAACACUAAUUCAUUUAAAUAUACAUUGAAAACAGAUAGGUAUGAUAGGUAUGAAAACAGAGCAUUGCCAAGUGUCACAGAUCAAGAUAACAUAGAUGUAAACCUGGUUAAACCUUGUUAAAAGAUGUUUCAUACACAUGACAAUGAUGUACCUUCAUGCUUCAUAACACAUCAUUGACAUUUUGAUUUUCAGCAACACCAUGGAUGUAUCUGAUGUGAAAGAGGGCUUUAUCUGUCCUGUGUGCAUGAAGAAUUUGCAUGGGGUUGCUGAACUCCAGGCUCAUUUCAACAAUAGUCAUCAGGAAGAUAAACUCAUCAAACAGUCAUUGAGAGACUUUAUCGGAAAGGCAAAGCAGAGGAUCAAGCGUGAGGUUUCUGAUUACCAGCCAGCUGCUCAGGGAACCUACAAAUACAGGCCGCUGGAGAGAGUUCGUCAAGAUAUUGGUGUCACCACGAGCCACAUGACGCUGUUCAAGAGAGUGCGCGAUGAACGUGUGGACCACCUGUCCAGGGAGACCAACAAGCUCAUCAUCCGGCUGGACAAGCUGCUCACCAAGCUGCCGGCAGACCCCGUCAAACGCAAGGCCCAUGAGCGUUCGGUGGUGGCCUGGGUGGAGGACGACGCCAUCAACCUCUGUCCCGACUGCGGCCGCUCGUUCGGCCUGACGCGCCGCAAACACCACUGUCGGCUGUGCGGCUUCGUGAUGUGCGCCCGCUGCUCGACCUUCCUCUGCGCCAGCCGCGGCCAGAAGCUGGCGCUGCCGUCCCCGGCUGCCGGCUGGGUGCCGCCGACGGUAGGCGCCGCGCCGGCCGACCCGGACCCCUCCAGUAGCCUGUGGUCCAAGAAGCGUCCGCUGGGUCUGCUGCGCCGCUCCGGCUCAGUGGGCAGUCUGAACUCGAUGGUGUCGCUGGUAGACGCCGUGACGGGCGAGCAGCAGCUGCGCAUCUGCAGACACUGCGAUCAGAAACUAUCUCACCGGGAGUACCAGCUGGACCAGCAGAGCUCCGAGCCUAUCAUCGUCCAGUUCUACAACCAGAUGCGCGGCUACCAGAAGGAAAUCAGGGAGCUCAUCCCCAUGCACAACAAAAUGCUCGAGAGCCUACUAGCCGGUGAAACUCGAUAUCACCUCUCGGACGCCAACAGUAUACGCGUCAAAAUACUGACCACCGCCGAGCGCGUCGAUGGAAUGAGUAAGCGGAUCAAUGCGCUGGGCACGGAGAACGACGACCUGUCGCCGUGGGAGCGGCAGCUGCGCGCGCGCCUGCGCUCGGCGGCCAGCGCCUUCCUCAAGGAGGAGGUCAUCAGCCUUCCACAGCUGCCCAACGAGAAGCAGCUCAAGGAGCUGCAGGCCAAGCUGAAGGAGGAGCAGGAGCGUCAGCUGGCCGAGGAGCAGGAGCGGCUGAGGGCGGCGGCGGCGGCCGAGGAGGCGGCCUCGCGCCGGCCGCGCCCCGCCUCCUCCGUCCGCCGCGUCAGUCCCGUCUCGGCGGCGGGCCGCGUCCAGUUCGACGCCGGCUGGAGCCCGCCGGCGGUGGCCGCGCCCUCGGCCGCCGACCCGCUGCUGCAGCAGAUGGAAAUUGUGCGCGGCUACAUCCGACAGGCGCGUAGCUCGCACAAGUACGACGAGCUGGCGCUGUUUGAGCAGAACCUGGCCGACCUGCACGCCGAGUUUGAGCGGCUGCGCGCGGCAGAUGCGGCGCGGGAGUGACGAGGGGCGGACCGGGAAUAGUAGUAUGGGAUGGGAGGGUAGCUGCUGAGUGGCAGCGCUCCGGAUCUCGAUAGUCGCGUACUGCCGGGCCCAGUAAAGUGGUGGAUAUCAGUUGUACCGGGUUCAUUGAUCGACAAUAGCUCAUUGUUACAUUGCAGCAUACCCACAUCACUUGUAAUCGGGUGAUUUUGCACGCAAUAGCAGUUAUAACCAACAUAUUAGAACGUUAUCACCUCCACAUGAAUGACCCUUGUCUCUGUAGUCACUGUGUUAUCAAAUAAUUGAGAUUAUUUACACUAGCUUGUUUACACAGUUCGCUAAAUGCAGGCGAACUUGCAAUUGGCCACGUCAGCUAUUGUGAUACGCUUUUCGGAGAGCUUCCUAGCGCCGCGUGUGAUGGUGGACGCUGGUGACGCAGUAUUGGGACCUCUGUUCCGCUAUUUCAGAGUGGGGAUGCUGCCCUGCACUGUGAUAUGACUAGACAAGCCGGGGUCACCAUUAGCAAGUGCUUUACAGCGUGUUUGUGAAUUGAAUCAGUCAUCCGAUGCUGUGCUUAGGCGAUAUAUUGUGCGUUUUACUGAAUACGUUUCAGUUUGACAUUCUGCUUUAUAAUAUGUUUAUUUUGAAUGAGUGAUUCCACGUUACCAAAAGAUGCUAGCCUUGCAGGUGCUCCAUGCUAGGGAGUCGUUACGUAUUUUGUUUGCUCCACUUGUGCUGAAGGUUCCCUGUGAACCUUUCAUAUGUAUGUCAUAAUAAACAUCACGCAUUUAUA